AAAGAACGGUCCAACAUUAAACAUUUUAUCUCUCUCUCUCUCACACACACACACCUAAACAACGCUGUUUCUCUUCUGCUUCGUGUUCUAAGCCCAUAGCCUCUCCAUCUUUGUCUUUCUUCUCAUCUUUCAUUGCUUAACUCGCAAGCUUUUUCCAGCCUGAUAUUGUUGGAGCUGAAUAAUCAAACCUGAUAGAGUUUCAUUUUGCGUUAUACCGAGAGAGGAUGACGACGACUAUGGAGAGUUUGAUAGGACUAGUCAACCGAAUUCAGAGAGCCUGUACUGCUCUCGGCGACCACGGCGGCGGCGACAACGCUUUCUCUUCUCUUUGGGAUGCUCUGCCCUCCGUCGCCGUCGUUGGCGGUCAGAGUUCUGGAAAAUCUUCUGUGUUGGAAAGCAUAGUUGGGAGAGAUUUUCUUCCUCGAGGAUCUGGGAUUGUUACAAGACGGCCAUUGGUGUUGCAGCUGCAGAAGAUUGAUGAAGGGCAGGAGGAAUAUGCAGAAUUCGGUCAUUUGCCACGAAGGCGUUUCACUGAUUUCUCUCUGGUUCGCAAGGAAAUUCAGGAUGAAACUGACAGAAUCACGGGAAAAACCAAACAAAUAUCUCCAGUUCCUAUUCACCUCAGCAUCUAUUCCCCCAAUGUCGUCAACCUCACGCUAAUUGAUUUGCCCGGUUUGACAAAAGUUGCUGUUGAGGGGCAACCUGAAAGUGUAGUCAAAGACAUUGAAGACAUGGUCCGAUCCUAUGUGGAGAAACCCAACUGCAUCAUACUUGCGAUAUCUCCAGCCAAUCAGGAUAUUGCCACAUCAGAUGCAAUUAAACUUUCAAGGGAAGUAGAUCCCGCAGGCGAGCGUACAUUUGGGGUCCUUACGAAGCUAGAUUUGAUGGAUAAAGGAACUAAUGCAUUGGAUGUUCUUGAAGGAAGAUCGUACCGGUUGCAACAACCUUGGGUGGGUAUUGUUAACCGUUCACAAGCUGACAUCAACAAAAAUGUCGACAUGCUUGCUGCACGAAGAAGGGAGCGUGAGUAUUUCGCUACAAGCCCCGACUACAGUCACCUUGCCAGUAAAAUGGGUUCGGAGUAUCUGGCAAAGCUUCUCUCAAUGCACUUGGAGUCUGUAAUUAGGGGAAGAAUACCGAGUAUCACCUCUUUAAUCACUAAAAGCAUCGAGGAACUUGAAUCGGAGAUGGACCAUCUUGGAAGGCCUAUUGCAGUUGAUGGAGCGGCUCAACUGUACACUAUCUUGGAACUUUGCCGUGCCUUUGACAAAAUAUUUAAGGAACAUCUCGAUGGAGGCCGAGCAGGUGGAGAUAGAAUCUACGGGGUGUUUGAUAAUCAACUUCCGGCUGCUUUUAGGAAACUUCCAUUUGAUCGCCACCUAUCUAUACAGAAUGUGAGGAAAGUCGUUUCACAGGCAGAUGGUUACCAACCACACUUGAUUGCCCCCGAGCAAGGCUAUAGGCGUCUUAUUGAGGGAGCGUUAAAUUAUUUCAGAGGUCCGGCUGAAGCCUCUGUGGAUGCCGUUCACUUCGUCCUUAAGGAACUCGUUAGGAAGUCUAUUGGAGAAUGCCAGGAGUUGAAGCGGUUCCCGAGUCUACAAGCAGCAAUAGCUGCAGCGACAAAUGAAGCUUUAGAGAAGUAUCGUGAGGAAAGUCGGAAGACGGUUGUUAGGCUCGUGGAAAUGGAAGCUUCAUAUCUAACGGUUGAUUUCUUCCGGAGACUUCCCCAGGAAAUGGAGAAACCGGGAAACCCAGCUGCACCUGCAGCAGCAGACCGAAGAGGGGGAAACCCGGCUCCUCCUCCUCCUCCCGUAGCAAUAGACCGGUAUUCCGAGGCUCACUUCAGGCGGAUAGGCUCAAACGUAUCGUCUUACGUGAAUAUGGUAUCCGACACACUUAGGAACACCAUUCCUAAAGCCGUGGUUUACUGCCAAGUUAAGGAGGCCAAACAGUCGUUACUCAAUCACUUCUACAUACAGAUCGGGAAGAAAGAGGCCGAUGCACUCGGGGAACUGUUAGACGAAGAUCCAGCAUUGAUGGAGAAAAGACUGCAAUGUGCCAAGAGGCUCGAGCUGUACAAGAAAGCAAGGGGCGAGGUUGAGUCUGUAUCGUGGGCUCGAUGAGAUGGUUGGGUUCAUCGGAGAUGUUAGCGGGACAUUUCAUUCUUGUUGUAUACUAUACUAUAAUUCAUUAUUACAUUAUUUGGAUUUGGAUUGGCAUGUCACUCUGUUAGUUGCUACAAACAGGUCUUGGCAAUUCUACUUCUGCAUUUUUUGUAGUAUAACUUUGGUCAGGUGUCUAUGGGAGGUUUUGUGUAUAUUUUGGCAUUACAUAUUUAUUAGGAUGAACAAAUUUUUGAGCAAUUAAUACUUUGAUAUGUAGAGUUGUGGACU